GAAAUUAACUCCAAGAUGACUAAAAUCAAUUCCGAUAUAUUUGAAAUGAAAGAAAUUCAAAAAAAACACUCCUUUAAAAUUGAACAAAUAGAAAAAAAUAAUAAUAAUAACUCAAAUUCACAAAUUUAUAACAGUCAGCAUGAAGAUGAUAUUUAUAAUACACCACAAGCCAGUAGCAAUGAGGAUGAAAAUGAAGAAUAUAUUUCAAACAAUAAUAAACGUUAUAGUAGCAAUGAGGAUGAAAGUGAAGAGUAUACUUCAAACAAUAAUAAACGUUUAAAACAAUAUCCAAAUGAAAGAACAAGUUAUAAUAGCUUUGAAGAAAUUUCAAAUAAAAACAAGAAUCAACGUUCAGCAACUUCUAGUUCACAAAGCAGAGAAGAGGAAGCCCUGUCACCCCCAUCCCCCUCACAAUCCAAUUCAAACAGCGAUAAUAAUGAUGAUGAUGAUGAUGAAAGUGGCGCAGAUAGUGCUAGAAAAAGAUUUUUGCGAACGAUGUUAGAAAACGAAAGAGAUUACAAAAUAUGUAUAUGUUUGGCCAGAUCUCAACUAAAAAUAACUAAUAACUAUACUGGCAUUUUUCGGGAUUUUAAACCCUUUGAUGUGGAUUGUAUUGAUGCCAAAAAUCCUGGUACCCCUCAAGCUUCUUUCAAAUUAAAAUAUAAAACACAUACAGAAUUCACACCACCAAGAUUUUUUUCAGUUUUUAGUUUUAACAAACUUAGAGCAAAAUAUAAUAAAAAUAAAUAAAUACAUAAAAAAUAAAAGUUUU